GGCACCCUGGGAAGGCGCUACCCCGUGUCGUUCUUUCCGGUUUUUGCGCGAGUGCAGAUAUGAAGGCGAAGGGAACGCUAAAAGAGUUCUGCGUGGUGGGGCGUCGUCUUCCCAGCAAGACGCAGGCCAGCCCACCCCUGUACAAGAUGCGCAUCUUCGCGCCCGACCAUGUCGUGGCCAAGUCUCGCUACUGGUACUUUAUGAAGCAGCUCAAGAGUGUGAAGAAGGCCAACGGGGAGGUCGUCUCCUGCCAGAAGGUGAGGGAAAAGAACCCCACCAGCAUCAAGAACUACGGCAUCUGGCUGCGCUACGACUCCAGGAGCGGCACACACAACAUGUACAGGGAGUACCGCGACCUGACUGUGGCCAACGCUGUCACCGCAUGCUACCGUGACAUGGGUGCUCGUCACCGUGCCCGGGCUCACUCCAUCCAGAUCAUGAAGAUUGAGGAGAUCCCCGCAGCAAAGUGCCGCAGACCAAGCGUCAAGCAGUUCCACGCCUCCAAGAUCAGGUUCCCUCUGCCGCAUCGUGUGACCAAGAGGCUGCACAACCCUCGCUUCACCACCAGGCGUCCCAACACCUUCUUCUAGGACGGGUCCUGUCCUGUUGUCAUGUGCAGAUCCGAUGUGGGGAAAUCAAUAAAAAGCUAAAAUAUACCACCUCA